UCUGUUCUUCUGCGUAAAAACAUUAUUCAAAAUGGCGUCCCCCAUGGAUCGUUGCAAAAAAGUAAACAAUAAUUUGCACAAAAUGUUUGAUAUUCUAGAAACGAACAUGAAUUCAACUGAUACAGAACGCUUUAAAACUCAAGUGCUUUUGUCUGGUGUAUUCGGAGAAUUUUGGAAACGUAAUCGAGCGUCUCAAAUUCCACGGAAAAUGUACAAGUGUGAUGCUUUCACUUUCCUGCGGUUCCUGGAAAGUAAAGGGUACAUUGAUGAGACCAAUACAAAAAUUGUGCAGAACACAAUCAAGUCAGUAAAGCCCGAACUGAAAGAGCUUGUCACAACAGAGGCUAGUCGAUUAGUUGAAGUAGAUCCUGUUGUAGACUAUUUAGAGAAGACUGCACCACUGCAGCCUAGUGAAUUCACCUAUCACCGUCCCAUACCUGGAUUUCCAACAAGAAGAAGUGAGAGAAUUAGGAAACGUAUAUGUACAGAUGAAGUCAUGGAGUUUCUGGAGAUGAGAAGGAAGAAAGAAAUGAGAAGACUGCCACCAACAACUGACCAGACUUGUAGUAGUUCUACCUCAUAUAAUUCGCUUCAUAAUCAUCAAAUUCAAUCUUGUGAUGUAAGAUUACGGGUAAAGGUUGAGUAUGAGGAUCAUCGGACUGUUCUAGGAAAUAGUGUACACAGUCACAAACAGCAUGAGAUAGAACGACAGUUUGAAAAGUUUAAUCAAGCGUGUGCCAUACUUAAGUCGCGGGACCUUGGAACAGUUGUAUGUGAUAUCAAAUUUUCUGAGUUAACCAGCCUGGAUGCAUUUUGGAGGGAUUAUACAAACGGUGCUUUACUGGAGGCUCUAAAAGUGGUCUUUAUAACAGAGUCAUUAAAUGAAGCCGUAGGGCAUGAAGCUCUGUGUCUCCUUGUGUCAGUUGAUGAAGAGGAUUAUAGAAAAGGAAGACUGAAGCUGCUUAAGAAUUUGACUGAUUGACACAAUGUGUUAUUCUCAUGGACACUUGACAUUUAGUGGUUUACUACCAUGUAAAUUUGCAAAAUAAGGAAAGGAUUUAUCAAAGUAAUUAAACAUGUUAUAAAUUGUUAAGGUAUGACCACCCUAAUGAAUUACCUCUGCUUUGUAAAGUAUUCUAUAUUCUAUAGGCUAGAAUUACUGUCAACUGCAUUGAAACUUCAAAACCCUGAAGGGUCAAUUGUUUUCCCUUUUUUCUGUUAACAUUAUGUAUCUCUCAGAUCCCUUUUGGAAAGAAAAAAAGCAUUUAAUUUUAAUUGUAUAAUUAUUAUAGGUUCUUAUUUUUAAAGUCUAAUAAAAUCAAAACUACAUGGUAAAAAUAUUUGAUAUUUAACAAGAUCAACCAAUAUAUUUUUGAUAAAAUUUGGGCAAACUUUGAAAACAGCCCCACAUUUUUGUGAAUUUUAUUAUUUUUAAAUGAGGCUCUCUAAGUAGGAAAAUAGUCAAACGUUUAAGUGUUAAAAAUGGUAGCGUUUUUAUACAUUGUACAUACUAAAAACAUUUUGAGUACAAAAAUCAUUUUGCUAGUGGGAUUUUUUAGAUGUGUUAAUUGUUUAUUCCCAAUAAUCAUUAGGAAAACAUUUCUUUAUUAAUGAUGAUAUCAUAGAUUAUUUAGGGUUUCCUCAUUUCUGAAAAAGAGCCCUUCUAGUACCCAAGCUUUAGUUCAGAAAGUUGUCCAUAUUGUGUAAACCGUACCAUAAAUUUUGUUUAUAUUUGCAUAAAGGUGUCUUAAGGCAUAUGCCUGACCUAUGUUGUCAAUUUUCAGUUCCUUAUAGUGCCUAUGGUGGUCAUACCUUAACUAAGGGUGACUUGAUAUAACUUUGAUACUUUUGUCUGAAAUUUUUUAAAACAUUUAUACCAAAUUUUUGAAUCCAAUGUUUAUUUCAUUAUCAUUGAUUUAUUGCAUUUACUGAGUUGAAUUCUAAUGAAAUACGUGUAAUGCAAAAUUAAAAAAGAUAUAAAUUUAUUUUGACUUUAUUUUUAGAGAAAAAUUUAUUUUUAAAAUAAAAUAUUGAAUAAUACCCUUAAGGUAUUAAUGAAUUUAAUUUAAGAUUAAAUUUUAUGGCUUUAAAAGGGAAAUUGAUUAUAGUUAACUAAUUUUAAUGUAUACUAAAGCAAAACUGUAGUAAUGGAACAAGCUUAAUGUCAGAGAAAAAAAUCCAAAUGGAAUUGUAGAUAUUUUAUUGAUUCAUGUUUUGACAGUUUAAGAAAUUCCUUUUAAAACAAACAUGCAUUUAAAGUGAUCUAUUAGCCCCACACAACUCAGAAGUUAAAUUAAGUGGAUUGUUUACGGCAUCAAAGAUUUCUAAAAUAGAAUUUUAGAUUAUUCACUGUCAGUGAAUAAUUAGUUUUAAUAUGUGAAACAUCUUUUUUAAUUGAUUGAUUAGAUAUUUUAAGCCAAUAAAUCUACAUAAUGUAAAGCACAAAGAAAAGAUAUAAUUUAUUGGAUGUUUGUUGGAUUGUAAACAGUUUAAGACAAAUUGAGAAAUUUAAAGCUAUACAUUCCCAAGUGAGUGAUGAAAAUUUAGAAGGAAUGAAACUUUAGAAAAAUGUAUUACAAAUUAAAGCAGUUUGUUUAUGUUCACAAUCAGUUUAAAGGAGCUCCACUGAGGUUGAAAAGCCUAAACACAUAAAAUUUGAAAUUUAUUACAUAGAUCAACAGAAAAUGGAAAAAUCCGCAAAGGAUCUUAAAGAAAUAUACUUGUAAUUAAAUAGAAAUUCAGUAGUAAGUGCAAUUCUUUGCCUGAUUUGAGUGUCAAACAUUGCCACGCUUUUCAUUUUUGUGUCAUUUUGUGAAAUAUAAAUGGUUAUUCUAGAAAUAUGGUAUGAGGGAAUGGUCUAAAAAUAUGCACACAAGUUAUUGGUUCAGACUCAAAUAGUAUACAAAUCUCCGAAAUAUAUUUCCAGUCCUGUCAUGUCACAAAACCUCAGUGGAGUCCCUUUAAACAUUUGAGAUAAUGUAGACAAAACAAAUUAAAUUUACUGUUGUAAUAAACACCAUAUUCUGCUUAGUAUUAAAUGAAAUAAAGAUGUCUUUUUGUUACAAUUGUUACAUGUUAGAGGUAUCUUUAGUGGGUUUUAAGUGUCAUAUGCAAAUUGAAUUUAUGUACUGGAAUUUUGUUAUUAUUUAAAUGGUUUACUGUAAAUUUUUGUAAGAAAUUUGUAUGAAUUUGUUGACAUUUUGCUUUAACACAUACAUGUAUUAUGCUGAAAUUGUAUAAUUAAUUCUGCUUUGAAUUUGAAACAGUCCAUUCAAAGUUUUAGGGAUUUUGUCAUCAAAAAGCGAAUUUUACUACCAAUAGUAUAGUAUAGCAUAUAAUAGUAUAAACCAAGGCUAUCUGCCUUGUCAGAGGACACCAAUGUGUUGCCUAUAUAUUUGUUACGUUUAAGGCAAGUUAAGGGUCUUUUGUUCCACACACAUUAUACUUUGAAAAAUAGUUUUCAGUAUUCUAAACUAUUGUAAUAAGCCACCUGUGAGGGACGUAAUAUUAUUAUCAUUAGAAGAAGCUAUCCAGCUAGCUUUCAGAAGAUCUGUGAUUCUACUCAGGGUGUCGACUUGUGCAUGAAGCAGCAGUCAAGGCUUUCCUCCACCAGUAAAGCUAGAAAGUUGCCAUUUUAUCGUUACAAUGGAGGUGCGACUUAAAGCUCAACAAAACGAACAAUUACCAUAUGAAACAAGAUAACUGGCUUGCUUUAUAAAGAAUAAAACUUUUGUAUUUUUUUUGAAAAAAAAAAUGUAAAUUAUAUCAUCAUUAUAAAGGAGCCUAAUCAAUGAUGCGCAUUUAAAAGUGGUUUGUAAGAAUGAAUUUUUAUAUCACAAUUUUGUGGUAAAUUUAGAGAAAAAAGGAAAGAAAGAAUAUACAUAUUGUUCAGUUGAAAACAAAUUUUGAAAAUUUUGAGUAAUUUAUUGAAACUGUUCUGAAUAGUGAUCAUAUGUUAUAUUAACUGUCCAUGCAUUCAUUUAUAAUUCAAACUUAUCAUUAAAAACAAAGACAGUUCUAGCUAAAUUUCACAUAUAGGAAUGUUUGAUGGAUACAAUUUUUAUUGACUUGGACACAUAUAAAAGGGUAUGGUACAAAACUACGCUGUUUGUGAGUGUCUAUGCAAUCUUGUUUUUUGUUAAAUAUAUUAAUUUUACCCUACAUUGAUUGAUAAUGAUAUUGAUUUUACAUAUAUAUUAUCGUCAAAGAUCUGUUGUUAAUUUCAUUUAUUAUUAUUUUGAAGCUAUUAAUAAGACUACUAAAGAAAUCACUUGCAUAAUAUCAUAUCUGAUUACACCAUAUAGGCAUACUAUUUUAAAUUCAAAAAUACAUCUUUUAAAUAUAAAUACACUUUAAAUAUACUUCCUACAGCGAUUUAUGACUUUAUGAUUUUUUCUUUGUAGCUUUAUAAUCAAGUAAAUAAAAACGAUGUACAUAAUAAUUUUUACAGUGAAAAUACAGAAAAUGAAAAUACGCAUUUUAUUUCAUCAAUAUUUCUCAAUAUUUCAUUUAUAAGUAUAUAAUAAAUAGAUAAAUUUUUUCAGAUGAAUUUUAUGCUCUUGUUUUGAGCGUUAUUUAUGGUUUCACAGAUUCUGUUUUGCUGUACACAAUUUAUUUCGUCAGCAAUUCUAAUGUAAAAUAAAGCUUGGAAGCAGAACAUUCUUUUACUUCGAAGUGUUAUUUAUUCUUAUAUCAGUUAUAUAAACGUUUGGUAAAACUGUUAGAGUGAGCAUUUUUGAGAUGGCAACCAAAGGUCAUGAACUUUGGUAUAUAAGAAAGUAUAUUAUAUGUAGAAAAACAAUGACUCUUUUAGACUUUUACGUAUAAGACGAAUAGUUUACAGUUUUCCAUGUUUUAUCUUCCGUUACAAUUAAUGAGGAAAUAAAUUAUUUGCAGAAGUUUUAUCAUGUAAAUCGAGGCAAAAAUGUUCCUUGUAUACCUUAAACUUGGAUAUUUUGUAAACUUAUAUACAUGUUGAUAUGAAAUUUCUGUGUGAAGAGUGUAAAUCGGAUCCUACCAUUCUUUUUCUGUUAAUGUGUUUUGAUCAAUAAAGUUGAUUGAAAUU